AGCGACGUGAGGAGAGGGAGAGAGAGAGAGAGAGAGAGAGAGCGAAAAGGGAGAACUUACAUGAGGAGUAAAGAGAAGGAGCGCUUCAGCUCCGUUAAACAGCGGAAGUCAUCCUAAAAAAAAGUUGUCCCCCGUUUUUGGACUAUUUUGCAGGAUUAUAACGUUUUUUUUGGGGUCUCGUCUGGAUUUACUUUACGAAAGUUUUUUUUUUUCAUGGAUGGCGGGGUUCUCAAAGCAGGAGUUGGCGAGCUCCUGGCAGCUUCUGUUGAGAUGCUGUAAACUUGUAAGUAUGCUCGGAGGACUGCGUGCAACCUUCCCAAAGUGUGCAUGAUUCCCGCGGAGGAACCCCCCGAGACUGAACGUUCUCUAAUGCCCCUGAGGACGACGAGCACCCCGGGCUGCGCAUGUUGUGCACGCCGUGCAACACCCACACGUCCCGGGCGACGAGUCUAAAUCCAUGCGGGACCCUCCGCCAGCCGGACGGGACCGACGCGACGCAUCCAGGACGGUCUAGGGUUGUCGUAUGUUCCGGUCGAGACGCUCCGGGCUCGUACGGCGACUGUGGAGAAGCCGUGCGGUCGCACAGCGCGAUGGAAGCGGGGGAUGUCCGUGUGGCUCCCGGCAGCUGGGGCCGGUGACAAGCGUCGGGGGCCCCGCGGGGGAAGCCGGAGAGGAAGCGGGUCGAGUCGACAAUGACCCCGGGACCAUGUGCGGGGACGAUGCGGAGACUCGGACGGUGACGUGUUGUUCGUUCGCGGACCUCAGAGGACCUCGGAGUCCCCGAAAAGACAACUGCGAGUGUGGCCUGCUGAAUAUUACUCACGCUUUUUUGAAAAAACUCCCCGAGAGAAGUCUGGAUGUGUUGCUGAAGGCCGUGGAGACCAAAGGAGGAGUAGCGAGCGACUGUGUGAUGGUGCCGGUGGGCACCGAGCUGAGGGUCGGGGCUUACCGCGUCUCGUCUCAGCACCUCCUGUGCCGGAUGUACCGGUGGGGAGACCUGCCGCCCUCAGCCCACCUCAAAGCCCUCUGCCACUGCCAGAGCUUCGGUGGGCAGGACGGGGCCAAGGUGUGCUGCAACCCGUACCACUACAGCCGUCUGUGUGGGCCAGAGUCACCUCCUCCCCCGUACUCUGUGUCCCAUUCAGAUGAACACAAGCCACUGGACUCUCCUCUGUCUUACACUGAACCCGCGCGCCCUCUCAUCAUGCCGACAGCCCACACAGAGACCGGUACCUCCCUGGGCUCCUCGUCAUCCUGCGGCCGUCGCUCCCACUGGUGCAGCGUGGCCUACUGGGAGCAGCGCACACGCGUGGGCCGCCUGUAUCCCGCCCACGAGCCCUCGCUCAGCGUUUUCUACGACCUACCUCAAGGCACGGGCCUCUGCCUCAGCCAGCUCCGCGCCAACGUCAACCACUGUCGCCGUGACGACCACCACACACCAGUACUUCCCAGCUACCCCCAAGGAGGAAACGGCGGCGGCGGCGUACGAGCGACCCGCAGUAAAAUCGGCUACGGCAUCGUGCUGAGCCGGGAGCCGGACGGAGUGUGGGUGUACAACCGCAGCCAGCACCCGGUCUUCGUCCACUCGCCAACUCUGGACUUCCUCAGCGCCGGGGGGCUGAGCGUCAAGCGGGUGAUGCCGGGAUUUUCACUCAAGGUGUUCGACUAUGAGAGCUCCAGCUGGAUGGCCCAGCACGGCAUCGAGCCUGAAAGCCAGGAGGGGCCCUGGGACCCCCACAGUGUUCGUAUUAGCUUUGCGAAAGGAUGGGGCCCCUGCUACUCCAGACAGUUCAUCACUUCCUGCCCGUGCUGGCUGGAGGUGCUACUUAACACCCACAGAUAGCACACACACACACACACACACACACACACACACACACACACACACACAAUAUUUGCCAUCUACCAAGAUUUAAUAUAAAGUUGAUAUAUAUUUUAUAACAUAUAUUAUACUUGUAAAUACUUGAGUCAUUUUACAAUGCAGCUAUUUAUGUAUAUUGUAGUCAUGUGGACAAGACAAACAAGGAAGAAGAAUAUGCACUUUUCAUUCUUUUAUAUAUGCAUUGCAGAGUUUCUCCGUGUCAUUUUGCAAAUAUAAACGCUGGUUUAUGCUCUCAUGAUCAUUAUUUCAAAGUACUCCUUACACACAAUAAAGCAUUUGUAUCAAAUGAAA